AAACUAAACUUCACUAUCUCAACUCUAAACUGUUUUCAAAUUUAUAGAUUUUCAAUUUUCAUCACCAAUAAUUUUCCAAAAAUUAAAGGUAGAGUAAUUGAGUAAAGGACAAAUAAGCAAAAAUUAGAAACAGAAAUCGACUCUACUAAUAAAUCUUUUUUUCUUCUUCUUACUUUGAUAAAAUUAGAAACGACCGACGACUCACCCAUCAUCCGCCAUUGCUAAUACGGAGUAUCUUUCAAUCUCUCUCCUCUUUCUCUCUCUACAAACACACAAUCAACGCGUUUUCACCUUCGAACUUUCUCUCUCCACCCUCACCUUCUUCUCACAUUCCCAUUUCACUAACCCGAAAACUCGUCGUCUUCUUCAACCUACGAAAUUUCAAAUCCUCCAUUUUCAAUUUCUUCAAUUUUCUCUCUCCUCGGAUUUUUGACUUGAUUGAUUGGUUGUUUGAUUAAUGUGAUUCGUACAAUUACAGCAAUUAAGCCUCUGUACUAUUCGAUUCACUUUUCGAAUUUUCGAUUCCCUCAAAAAUGUCAGAUCUCUAGCAAAAAAUUGAAGAUCCACAAACAAUUUCUAGGGUUUUGAAUUUGUUCGUCGUUUUUCUUGGCGUUAAUUAACCAAUAAUACGAGGUAUCGAAAAUUCAGAAGAAAAUUAAGAUGAAAACGACGAGCAGAUUCUUCACAAUAGGGCUGGUAACAGCAUGGUAUUCAUCAAAUAUUGGGGUAUUAUUGCUGAACAAGUAUCUGUUAAGCAAUUACGGGUUCAAGUACCCGAUCUUCCUUACUAUGUGUCAUAUGACUGCUUGUUCAUUGCUGAGCUAUAUUGCUAUAGCUUGGAUGAAGAUGGUGCCAAUGCAAACUAUCCGAUCUCGAGUUCAAUUCUUCAAGAUCGCAGCUCUUAGUCUUAUUUUCUGUGCUUCUGUUGUUAGUGGCAAUAUUUCAUUGAAAUAUCUUCCUGUUUCAUUUAAUCAAGCAAUUGGUGCAACUACGCCUUUCUUCACUGCUGUUUUUGCUUAUCUUAUGACGUUUAAGAGGGAGGCUUGGCUUACUUAUGCUACCCUUGUUCCUGUUGUUACUGGAGUUAUUAUUGCUAGUGGGAGUGAACCGAGUUUCCACCUUUUUGGGUUUUUAAUGUGUGUUGCUGCAACUGCUGCCAGAGCUCUUAAGUCAGUGGUUCAGGGAAUUUUGCUGUCAUCUGAAGGGGAGAAGCUCAAUUCUAUGAACCUCCUCCUUUAUAUGGCUCCCAUAGCUGUUGUUUUCCUUCUCCCUGCAACACUGUUCAUGGAAGAAAAUGUGGUUGGUAUUACACUGGCACUUGCUAGGGAAGAUGUCAAGAUUGUCUGGUACCUAUUGUUCAAUUCUUCUCUGGCGUACUUUGUGAAUCUGACCAACUUCCUGGUCACCAAACAUACCAGUGCUUUGACUCUCCAGGUCCUUGGAAAUGCUAAGGGAGCAGUUGCUGUUGUCGUCUCAAUUUUGAUCUUUAAAAACCCUGUCUCAAUUACCGGGAUGCUUGGUUAUUCCCUCACUGUCCUUGGGGUCAUUCUUUAUAGUGAAGCAAAGAAAAGAAGCAAAUGAACGAGUUGAGAUAAGUGAUAGGACAUAGUUUUGCUCUUAUUAUUCCUACCUCCGAGGAACAUAAUUGACGUCACGAAGCGAAGGGUUGACAAUACACUUGAAAUUGGAGCCAAAGGUUCAGCAUAUUUGUAUUUCAGAUUCUCCCCUGUAAGUCUAUGGGGAUGGAUUUUUGCUUGUAAUAUCAACACCACAGAUGAGUUAGUCAACUAAAUAUGUAGGGGUUAAAAAGAGAGGAAAUUAUAAGGCAAUAAGCAACUGCUGUUUCUUAUUCUUGCUUAUAUUGGGUUCUGAGGGGGGAAUAUUUUGUAUUCUUUUAGCAAAAAGUUGUAGAAUUGCAUUCUCUAUACAGUCUGUCCUUUUAACAGUUCAAAAUUGAGUAAUUAAUGAAAUACAUUUAUCGGUUAAAUUUCUUAAA